AUGGCCUUACGUUGGUAUGCCGCCUUAGAGCAAGGUCCCCCGGUGAAUUUUAUACAAUGGUUCUGGAACAAGAGCCUUUUAGUCAAUCAAUUAAGAUGCGCCCAACGUAACCUUGCUAAAAUUUUAACCUUUAAUCUCAAGAACCAUCACCCCAUUGGGACCCUCCUUAUUUGGUACAUCUUUUGUACUUUAUUUCAUUAAUGAAAGGGCUGAGACAAAUGUACUUCGUAUUUCAUCAAACAACAAUAACGUAAGGAAAGAGGCGCUCUUAUGAAAUAAACUAUAAGGGAGCUUACGCCCUUUAAUCCUUUUCUUUUUCAUCUAAUAUUGUAACAACUUUCAUAUUAUUUAAUUUAUGACCAAAGUUGAAACCGGCCAUUUCAAUAUGUCCAAAAGUGAUAAAGGGUCUUUUCUUUUCAAUACUGUACAGGCGCUGCAGAGGAUGCAGAGAAAGAAGUGUGAGAUCAAACAGUUUUUUCGAGGAGUUCCCCAGAGUUCUACUUGGUAAACUCCUGCUGACGGUGUAUUUUUUUCUCUGCCGUGGACUCUAAGCGACGAAUUUCCAGGCACCUUGGUUUGAAUGCAAGCUAGGUAAGCAAGAUUUGUGGGCGCUUACAGGAUGUCUGCUCGAGAGACCUCCAGGCCAGGCUAAUCACGCCCUUUGUUGGACCUGGGACUGUGUAAAAAAUUAUUGUAAUCGUUACAAGAUGAAAUGAAUUUUAAAAAGAUCAUUUUUUUGUUCUAUAUUAUCUCAUUGUUUUAGUAUAUACUAGAACUACUUACAAAGUCUUGAUCCUCUGGAAUAUGUUGUUCGAAAGCGAAAUAGAUGGGAAUGUGACAACAAAAAGUACUCAGAUCGUUCUAAUAUAGCAAUUAGUUCAUACAGGUGAACGAUAAUCGCACAGAGCUGGGAUAAAGCCCGAGACAGACAUUAAAAGGACAAAAAUUAUCCAGGUAAAUAUCAUUCAUUUCAUUAUUCCAGGUAGUGGAAAGACGGGAUAUGACUGCCCUCCAUCCCAUCAUUUCAAGGUGUGUUCGCCCUGGAACGGAAGUGCACUCAGAUGACUGGGCCUCUUACCGACAGAUGGACCGAAGAGUAAACAACGUAAGUGCACGACAAGUAGUGGUCCACCGACUCAACUUCGUGAAUCCAGUCACUGGGGCGCACACCUAA